UCCGGCCGGGUAUUAAUUACCGGCGUCUGAAACGCGAUUGAAAGGCUAUUACUCUGCACACCUAUCGCGGUGGUCCUGCAUCGCAGGACAGCCCCGGUCCGUUCCCACUUUUUCAGCCCCACGGUCCGUACCAGGGCCCGGCGGGGAAUUCGGCUGAUGAGCGCUGGAGGCGCCGCCAUUUUCGGCGCAUGCGCGUCGCUGGAUCUUUUGGUGGCUGACGGACAGGUUUCUCGUUCGUGGGGCCUUCUGGGUAAAGAGGCAGCCAUGGCUGACAGUACCAGCAUUGUCCCCGUACAAUCGGAGGAAAUGGGAGCAAAUGUAUCUGCCGAGCUCCAGCUAUGUAAAUCCGAGAAUUAGUUUGAAAUGGCAGAACACUUGUGUACAGGAAUCUCAAACACAACAACACAUCAGUUUUGCUGACUCUGUCUGGAUAUUUAAGGAGUGACCAGAUACUUUCUUUGUAACACCAACACAUCUGCUGUCAACUCUUGGAGAUGAGGAAGUAUCUCAUCCCAGCUGCUGAUGUAUUCUGUCUCUGAAAUGAAGUUUUCUGUUUUAACUCUGUGAAAUUCACUGGAACUAGGAGCUGAGAACACACCAGCAUUUGUUCACUAGAGAUCAGUUCUUCAACUGCAUUGAUUGUACAAGGGAUUCAAACGUUUGACUUUCUGAAUUGCCAGAGGAUUGAUCGCAGUGAGAUAUCAUUCUUCUUCUCUCAGUGUGGGAAGAGAUUCACUCACAGACUACCCGCAGACACACCAGUGAGUUCACAGUGGGGAGAGGACAUUUCCCCGCUCUGUGUGAGGGAGGGGAACCACUCAGUCAUCCAGCCUGAAGAUACAUCAGCAAGUUCACACCAUCGUGAGAUGCUCCACCUGUUCUGCAAGCGGGAAGCCAUUCUGUUAUUGGUGCUAAAGGUAUAUCAGAAAAUUCACCAGUGAGAGGACAUUGACCUGCUCGGACGGUGGAAAGGAAUUCACACACUCAACCACGCCAGAGUGACACCAGCGAGUUCACACCAGGGAGAAGCCAUUCACCUGCUCUGAAUGUGGGAAAGGGUUCACUCAAUCAUCUCAACUGAAUAAACAUCAGCAAAUUCACACUGGAAGAUGCCAUUUAUCUGCUCGGACUGUGGGAAGGGAUUCACUCACUUUUCAACACUGCAGAGGCACCAGCAAGAUCACACUGCGGAGAGGCCAUUCACCUGCCCUGAAUGUGGGAAGGGAUUCACUCAGUCAUCCCACCUAAAGAAACAUCAUUUUGUUCAUAAUGGGGCAAAACCAUUCUCCUGCUCUGAUUGUGAUAAGGAAUUCACACGGUCGUAUAACCUGAAACUUCAUCAGCGAAUUCACACUGGGGAGAAGCCGUACAGCUGCUCAGACUGUGAGAAGGAAUUCACACGGUCAUCUGACUUAAAAAUACAUCAGCGAGUUCACACUGGGGAGAAACCGUUCACCUGCUCAGAUUGUGGGAAGCAAUUUGCGCGAUCAUCUGACUUGAAAGUGCAUCAGCGACUUCACACCGGGGAGAAGCUAUUUAGCUGCUCUGAGUGUGGGAAGAGAUUCACUCGAUCUUCUCACCUACUGACACACCAGUUAGUUCACACUGGGGAGAAACCAUUCACCUGCUCAGUCUGUGGAAAGGAAUUCAUUCGGUCAUCUGACUUGAAAGUGCAUCAGCGAGUUCACACUGGGGAGAAGCCUUUCACUUGUUCUGAAUGUGGGAAGGGAUUCACUCGGUCUUCUCAGCAGAAGGAACAUCAGCGAAUUCACACUGGGGAGAAACCUUUCAAAUGCUCAGACUGUGGGAAGGAAUUCACUCGGUCGUCCGUACUGAACAAACAUCAGCGAGUCCACACUGGGGAGAGGCCUUUCACUCGGCAUCCUUGUAAACCCUCCACCAUCCACCCCGACACAUUCAGCGGGACAAGGGUGCUGGAAACCGUGCCAUCUGGGUGAGCGCAGGGAACCGCAGCAUUUCACUGUACGAGCCAGCGAUGAAGUUGUGAGUGACCAGUCCACAGUACAAGCACGAGACAGCAGAUGGUAUUGCAAAGGUCAAAUGGCUACAGCAAUUAAUCGACACUACUAAGGAAGCCCAUUAUGUUACAGACCACAAUGUCUGAGAGAAAACACAGCAGAGCAAAGCUAAUUCUGACAUGUGAACAGAACCUCGGGAGUUGGAAAGAGGACAGAAGGUUACAAUCUCAGGACAUCAGCCGGGGCCUGUCACAUCUCCGAGAUGUGCAGGGACAUGUCAUGUCAGGGACAGAGCCAGUCUAUCAGUCUGUCAAGUCCAGACUGCUCCAGAGAGUUUAGGUUGGCAGCUUGUGAACCCACUUGUAGACAGUGAAUGUUCUCUGGAAGCUGAGGUCCAUAAGGCGCAUUGUCUCUGGAUGGAGAUGAUGAUACUUUUAGAUUUAUCUUUCAGCCCAUCGACGAUGGUGACGAUGAAGGAGCAGUUGUCCUCUCAGUGAGUUGGGCAAACUCUUUCACUUUGCACCCAGAGCUGAAGGGUAGUUCACUUCAUCGUCAGCAUCUACAAGGGUUGGUUAAGGCAAGGCAAUCUUUUCCCUCCUCUCAGCCAAGGCAGAGACAAUGGAGGAGAGAAACAGAUACGUUCCUCACCAAAUGUUCUGGAAAUAAAGCAGGCAAUAGAGAAGUUGAAUUUCAAGGCGGUAUCAGUAAUCAGAUAAGUACAGAAAUUGCUCUUGAUGGUUUUACUUACAGAUAUUCGGAAAUGAUUGAUGUUGGAAUACUAUUGAUGAAUGUCCUCAUAAUGGUCGAAUGCUCGAUUGAAGGUUACAUGUUCUCCAAUAAAGUGUAUUAUUUCUCAGUUGUAUAUUCGUUGUUCAUGUGGAUUGAUGCAAGUGUAAACAGUGUCAUUCCUCUGCCACUCAGUUAGCCAUUCCCACAUGGGAGGAGUUCACACACUGUACGAGCAGGGUUGUCAAUAAAGAUCUGUUGAGUAUCCUGCAUGCGGAUGUCCUGGUGUGCUCUGCACUAUCCCUCAAUAAUGUAAACAACAUGGAGUCAGAAGUGGUUCAUCAAUGCA